AUGGCCGUUAUCGGUGGCUUCACCUCCCAAAACUCCAUCCAGAUGGCCAAUAUUUUAAGUGCGUACAAGAUCCCACAGAGCGUCCCACGCAGCACGUGUGUUGAGAGCUGCCCCACCGGACACAGCAGGAUUGUUCAAGAGGGGAAGCAAGUUUGUUGCUACGAUUGUGCUCAAUGCCCAGAAGGGAAAGUUGCAGUCCAGAUGGAUGCAGACCAAUGUGAGAAAUGCCCAGAAGAUGAAUAUCCAAACCAGAAAAUGGAUCAGUGUGUUCCGAAAUCCAUAACCUACUUAUCUUAUGAGGACCUCAUGGGAGCAGGUUUGGCUUCUAUCGCUGCUUUAUGUUUUGUGGCCACAGUUAUAGUGAUGGGGAUCUUUGGUGCACACUGGAACACCCCCAUUGUCAAAGCCAACAAUCGAAGCAUCACCUGUGUCCUGCUCUCCUCUCUGCUGAUCAGUUUUCUGUGCUCCUUCCUAUUCAUUGGCCAGCCUGGGACAGUGACCUGCCUCAUCCGGCAAAAACUGUUUGGCAUCAUCUUCACCAUUGCCGUGUCAUGUAUAUUGGCCAAAACAGUCACUGUGGUUGUUGCCUUCCUGGCCACCAAGCCAGGGAACAAGAUGAGGAAGUGGGUGGGGAAGAGACUGGCCAUGUCAGUCAUCAUGCCCUGUUGUUUAAUUCAAACUGUCAUCUGUAUGCUGUGGUUGGCAACUUCGCCUCCCUUCCCAGAGUUUGACAUGCACUCCCAAGUGGGUCAUAUCAUCAUACAAUGCAAUGAAGGCUCAGACAUCAUGUUCUACCUUCUACUGGGCUACAUGGGCCUUCUGGCCACCAUCAGUUUCAUGGUGGCCUUCCUAGCCCGGACCUUGCCUGAUUCUUUCAAUGAAGCCAAGCUGAUCACCUUCAGCAUGCUGGUCUUCUGCAGUGUUUGGCUCUCCUUUGUCCCCACCUAUCUGAGCACCAAGGGGAAAGACAUGGUGGCCGUGGAGAUCUUUUCGAUCUUGGCCUCUAGUGGAGGCUUAUUGGCUUGUAUCUUCUUCCCCAAAUGCUACAUUCUGAUAUUCAGGUCUCACCUGAACACCAGAGAGCAGCUAGGAAGGAAAAAAAUGAGUGGCAAUUAA